AUGGAGCCCGAGCCGCGGCGGCGGCGGCACAGUUGCCGCCCGCUGGUCUCCGUCUUCCUGCGCGACCCGAGCUCGGGGCGCGUGUACAGGCGCGGGAAGCUGAUCGGCAAGGGCGCCUUCAGCCGCUGCUACAAGCUGACCGACAUGUCCACCAGCUCCGUGUUUGCGCUCAAAGUGGUGCCUCAUGGUGGUGGCGGGGCUGGACGGCUGUGCCCCAGCGACAAGGUGGAGCGCGAGAUCGCCCUGCACAGCUGCCUGCGACAUCGCAACAUCGUGGCCUUCCACGGACACUUUGCUGACCGUGACCACGUGUACAUGGUGUUGGAAUACUGCAGCCGCCAGGUUCCCCUGCAGUCACUGGCCCACGUGCUGGAGGCGCGGCAGACGCUGACAGAGCCUGAGGUGCGUUACUACCUGCGGGGCCUGGUCAGCGGCCUGCGCUACCUGCACCAGAGGCGCAUCGUCCACCGGGACCUGAAGCUCAGUAACUUCUUCCUGAACAAGAACAUGGAAGUGAAGAUCGGAGACCUGGGGCUGGCCACCAGGGUGGGCCCAGGAGGCCGCUGCCACAGAGUGCUCUGUGGGACCCCAAACUUCCUGGCCCCGGAGGUCGUGUCCAGAAACGGGCACUCCUGCCAGUCGGACAUCUGGGCUCUGGGCUGCGUCAUGUACAUGGUGCUGACUGGCGCCCCUCCCUUCGUGGCGGCACCCUUGUCGGAGAUGUACCAGAACAUCCGAGACGGCCGCUAUCCCGAGCCUGCACAUCUGUCCCCCAAUGCACGCCGCCUCAUCGCCCGCCUGCUGGCACCCAACCCGGCCGAGCGGCCCAGCCUGGACCACCUGCUGCAGGAUGACUUUUUCACGCAGGGCUUCACCCCGGACCGGCUGCCGCCCCACUCCUGCCACAGCCUGCCCAUCUUCUCCAUCCCCCAGCCUCUGGGCAGACUCUUCUGGAAGGUGGGCCGGCUGCUGCUGCCCCAGCGCCGGAGGCCUUGCCCCUUCACUCCUAAGGAGGCCUCAGGUCCAGGAGAAGAUGGCCCUGACCCUGACUCCACGGAGUGGGGUAGUGAGGCCUCCCUGUCAGAGGGAGGGGCUCCGUGCCCCCGGCGCCCUGUCCGCCUGCUUAGCCAGGGGACCCUCGGGAGUGACCCGGCGGGGCCCCAGGGGAGCCCGAGGCAGGAGGUAGAGGCAGCCAUCAGGAGCCUGCAGCUUUGCCUGGACUCUGGCGCCCCAGCCAUGCAGGACCCCCCAGGAGAGCAGCGGCCCAUCCUCUGGGCCCCCAAGUGGGUGGAUUAUUCCAGCAAGUACGGCUUCGGCUACCAAUUGUCAGACGGGGGCAGUGGUGUCGCUUCGGGAUGGCACCCACAUGGCCCUGCGCCCCACAGAGGGGAGGGGGGCCUGUCCACAGCCACCUGGCCGGCAGCCCCCAGCCUCUGCCUGCUGCGCUUCCUGGUGUCCGAGCGGGCCGCACUCCUGCUCUUCAGUGACGGGACGGUGCAGGUCAGCUGCAGCGGAGGCCAGGCUCAACUCGUGCUGAGUGGUGGGUGUGAAGAGCUGCGGCUCACGGUCUGGGAACAGGGCCAGCCUGGCACCUCCUACUCGCUGGGUGUCCUGCGGAGCCACGGCUGUGCUCCAGCUGCCCGCCAGCACCUUCAGCGCGCGAUCCACAUGCUUCAGAACAUCUAGCUUCCCUGAGGGUCAAGGUGGACCUCUGCAUGUUGAUGCCCAGGGCCCAGGCUCCAUUUCUGUCCCUCUUGCUCUCCCAGAGGUGUCGUCCUUGGGGACAGCUGGGGGAGCAUCUAGGGGGUAUAGGAGGUGGGGGUCCUUGCCUCGUGAUAUGACUGUUCAACC